AUGUCUCUCCCCUUGGAAUACGAAGUCACUUUACCUUCAGGCGCCAAAUUCAACCAGCCGGCUGGUUUGUUUAUCAACAAUGAGUUUGUGGAGUCGAUCAAUAAGAAGACAAUUGAGUCCGUCAAUCCUUCCACGGGCGAGAUCAAUGGCUCUGUAUAUGCUGCAGAGAGCGAAGAUGUCGACGUUGCUGUGGCCGCUGCCAGAACUGCCUUCAAGCUGUGGAGAAAGUCCACUGGUGUGGAGAGGGGCAACCUUUUGUUCAAGAUGGUCGCCUUGAUGGAACAGGAAUUGGAGCUUUUGUCUGACAUCGAGGCAUGGGACUCCGGUAAGCCUAGAGAUUCCAACGCUUAUGGCGAUGUUGCCGAAUGUAUCAACGUCUUCAAGUACUACGCCGGCUGGGCCGAUAAGAUCCAGGGUAAGGUCAUCUACCAAGACCCAAAGAAGUUGGCCUACACGGUUCACGAGCCAUAUGGUGUGUGCGCCCAGAUCAUUCCAUGGAACUAUCCAAUGCUUAUGGCAGCCUGGAAGUUGGCUCCUGCCUUGGCCGCCGGUAACUGUGUGGUGUUGAAGUCCUCUGAGAUCACUCCUUUGUCCAUUUUGUACUUCGCUACGUUGUUCAAGCGCGCUGGCUUCCCACCUGGUGUUGUGAACAUUAUUUCCGGUUACGGAGCUACUGCUGGUAAGGCCAUGGCCGGCCACUUGGACGUUGACAAGGUUGCCUUCACUGGUUCCACCGCUACUGGUAGACUAGUUCAGCAGUUGGCUACCUCUAACUUGAAGGCUGUCACCUUGGAGUGUGGUGGAAAAUCUCCACUCGUGGUGAGAGCUGAUGCUGACCUUGACCAGGCCGUCAAGUGGGCUGCCAUUGGUAUCAUGUCUAACAUGGGUCAGAUUUGUACUUCUACAUCCAGAAUUUACGUUCACGAGGAUGUAUACGAGUCAUUCUUGGAGAAAUUCGCUGCGCACGUCACCGCUGAAUACCAACAGGGUGACAUGUUCCAGGACAACGUUGUUGUGGGCCCUCAAGUGUCCCAAAUGCAAUUCGACAAGAUCAUGAAAUACAUUGAUAUUGGUAAAAGUGAAGGUGCAAGAGUCGUUUUGGGUGGUGAGGCCAACCCAUCUGCUGGAAAGGGAUUUUUCAUCAAGCCCACCGUUUUCGCUGAUGUCAAGCCUUCAUUCAGAAUUGUCAAAGAAGAGAUUUUCGGUCCUGUUGUUGCUGUAGGUAAAUUCUCCACUGACGAGGAGGCCUUGGAGUUGGCCAACAGCACUGAGUACGGUUUGGGCGCAGCUAUUUUCACCAAAGAUCUCGUAAAGGCUCACCAGUUUGCAGCUGAUCUCCAAGCUGGACAAAUUUGGAUCAAUUCUUCCAAUGACUCUGACGUGCAUAUUCCCUUUGGUGGUACCAAGAUGUCUGGUGUUGGAAGAGAAUUGGGUGAGUAUGGACUUCAGAUGUACACAGAGACCAAAGCAGUUCAUGUCAACUUGGGCUCUGUUUUGUAA